GUUGGGCAUUAAGAAAUGAAGAAGUUGAGAUGGGCAAUGGACGGUGGGUUUUGGGAAUUGGAUGUGUCGACGCCCGUAACCCUGGAGGGGGUGGGUAGGGCGGUGCCAGGGCAGCCUCUGCCGUUGGGUAUGUGCGGUAGAGGGUCCAGGCUGUCCAGACCCAAGCAGAUUCACUUCUUCCAGCGCUUCAUGUCCAUCCCCUUUCUCCCCUCCUUCUCCCCUCCUCACUCCUUGUCUCUCCAACGCGUUCUUACUUUCCCCCUUCCUCCUGCUGCCGCUGAAUACUGGUUUGCAACUUUGCUCGGUCAGUUCAAUUUGCACAAGUUCGUAUCCUCUGUCAAAGAGAAUGGAUUGAUGCAACCCUCCGAAUCUUCAUGGCUGAAAACCCUUGGAAGACACCUUUGCAACAAAUCCUUGUAUGCCCUCUAUUUCUGUUCAGAGCUCUUGAUAACUCCUGAUGAUACUCUGCUCCUUAGCAUAGAAGCCUAUGGUGAUAACAAGACAACUCGAAAGAACGCACUUCUUCAUCACAAGUUUUUGCAUCACAAUCUAGCGGUGGAGGCAUCGUGGCCAGAUCUUUUUGUUGAUGAUCUUGGUGGUUACUGGGAUGUACCAUUCUCAAUGGCAAUUGAUCUGGCUUCAGUUGCUUCUGACUCUGGUGCAAGUUAUCAUUUUUGCAUCAAUCAUAAUGCGGGACAACCUAAGCAGCAUGAAGAUCAACUCACCAGUGGAGUGGCGAUGACUCUUCUUCCUGGUUUGUUCAUCAAAAAUGCAUUUUCUUUUAAGAAAAAUGUUGACAUUUGGAGAAGCAAAGCUCCCAAGUUGAAAAUGGUGCAGCCAUUUGACAUACUCUUGUCAAAUCCUCACGUCUCAGCAUCAGGGAUACUUGGUGCUGCUCUAACGGCAUGUAUUGGAGAUAAUUUAGUCAGAUCACGAGGAGAAGAUUCACUGCCUUUUAAGGGCCUAACUCUUCGUGCUCCAGUAGUAAAUUCUACUAUUUUGGCUGAUAUAUUUGCAUCCAUUUCACUUUCUGUGCAGUAUGGAAACUUUCAAAGGUUAUUCCUAGAUCUUACUCGAUUUUACGCCUGCGUGAGUUUUCCUUCUGGCUCAAAAUUUAUUUCAGGCGCCACUCAUCUGGCUCAAGAUCUUUACAAUUCUCGUCAGCCAAGUGUGGAAGCAAUUCAGGCAAUUUGUCCCAAAGCCACCCUUUCACUUCAGCAGCAGAUUGCUGGGCCUUUAGUUUCCAAGUUGAUUCAGGAGUGGCACUCAAUUACAAGAACAGUGGCUGGCAUGUAAGUGUGAAUGAUCCUGUGUUUGCAAUUGAAUAUGCAUUGCAAGUUCUUGGGUCAGCAAAGGCUGUGGCUUGGUAUUCCCUGAAGCAGCAAGAGUUUAUGAUAGAGCUUCGUUUUUUUGAGACAUAAAUCAUGUUUCUUCAGUUUGUUAUCAUUUCAGUUGCUUUUCUUUUCUCCCCCUCCCUUUUAGUGUUUUCUGCUUUCAAGGAAGACACUGUCCAUGCAGAUAUCUCUAUCCACUCCGUUCACCAUCUAACAAGUCGAUGCAGCGGUUAACUGGAGUGGUGGUUUUGAAUUAUGCAAUUUCUGGUAUAUGCAAUACAGUCCUGCCUUUUUACAGGCUUGGAUAUUCAUUUUUGCCGCAACAUUGUAUUUUGUCGUGUCAUGUUGGAAAUUACUACUAAUUUUAUGUGCAAUGUGUGUUGAAUGGAAAAGAAAUGGCAAAGGUGAUAUUUUUAAAUUUGCCCAGCUGCUGUUUUGGCAACCGAAUACUAGAUACUGAUAC